AUGGUGAGUGGCAAGAAUGAUGAGCAAAACCAGAUUAGCCCCUUGGACCAAGCCGGAGGACCUGCGGGUCUUUCUUCAACCACACUUUCCAGAUGUUCAGUGCGAAGAACAUUUGUCGCCAACCCAGCCGGAUCCUUAGGUCAGAAGCAUCAUAUAUCGACAUUAGACUUACGAGUAUAUUACCAAAAUGUUCAUGGGCUCAGAACUAAGGUUAGUGAACCCUAUGCUAACGUCUUAGCAGAAGAAUAUGAUCUAGUUGUUUUAACCUGGCUCACAGAUGGUUUCCAAGAUGCAGAGCUCUUAGAAGAUAGAUUUAUUAUAGUGAGGAACGACAGGAAAGAUGGAAGAAGAGGCGGAGGGAUUCUUGUAGGAGUGAGGAAGAAUUUGAGCAUGGAACUCAUCCCCAUUAAUAUUUCUAAUGAUUCCAGUCUUGAGGCAAAGUUGUUGCCUGAUGGAAGUUAUAAUUACUGUUGUGGUACUGGUGGUCAAGUUCAUGAUGAAGAUUUUGCUGGACUAGAUCCUGGAUUUCAACUUAUUUUGAAAAGGCUUGACAAAGUAGAUGCGUCAUUGAGUGCAAUUAAGUCAGAUAUUCAAUCCUCCAGCAACAAGCUAACAGAACUUGAAAAAAAGGUUGAUACACUUGAAGAGAUUGUUACUGGUAAACCAACGAUUGUUAAAUCUAUUGUUGCUGAUAAUCAAUUAAAUGAAAAUGAUGAAGAUACUGAAUGA